AUGGAGGGCGGAGGCUUUAAUUUCAAAUGGAGAAACCACGUGAACGAAGUGUUCUCCAUUGUGCAGCGAAUUCGCGUGCAAGACGCCUUCGCGGACGUGAUUCUGCACUGCGGCGGCGGAAACUUUUUCGCGCACAAAUUGCUUUUAGCCAGUGUCAGCUCCUUCUUCGAGGAUCUAUUCACGGGUUUGCCGCGAGAUAAAUCCAGCGUUCUAGUCCUGACAGACGUUCGCCCGGAAAUCCUUAGCGCGAUUUUGGAUUUCAUGUACAACGGGGAGGCGUUCGUGGCGAGCCGAGAUUUGAAGGAUUUCAUGUCCACGGCGGAAAAGCUCGGUGUGCGGGGACUACAGUUGGAGACUGAUGUUCCGCAGGAGCCGGAGGAUCGGAAGAGAAGAAGGGGGAAUGAUAAAAAUUCAGCAUUGAACCCGGGUUCGGGUGAAAUCCCGAGCGAACCUGCGAAGAGAGUUCGACUCGCCUCUUCAUCGACUGCAGAGUUGGUUUCUCCGACACCGUCUACGACGAAUUCAACGACGCCAAACAUAACAACGACUCCAACUGAAACAAAAACGAGUUCGAAUGCACCAGCUGGGCCUUCGAAGCAACCAAUAUUCGGGAAUGAAGAAGAGGACUUCGACUUCGUAGAGCCCGCUCCUGUGACAGUCGUGAAAGUAGAACAGGAUGAACCGACUAAGGAACCCGGAAAUGUUGGCGAAGGGUGGGAAGAGGAAGGUUUUCCAGAAGACGAUUUUUACGACGACGCAGCAGAGCUGGGGCAGAUAGAUGACAAGUUUUAUGUUGGCGCCGGAGCUUCGGGAUUGCCGGAAAACAUUCCUCCAGAACUAUCCAAAGAUUUUCCCUGGAUGACAUGGGACAACCGUCGCCACGUUGUUCGCGCUCAGCGAGAAGAAGAUGGACCAAGUGUCUACUUCUGCUCGAUUUGUUGGUUGUACAGCUACCAUAAGAAGAAUUCGGUUGCACGGCAUGCCCAAUCUCAUUCGCGACGAUGUGGCUGUACUUCGUUUUUGAAAGGAAUGAAGAUUCUAGGAGUUCAGUGGCGCAAAAGACUGAGAAUUGUGGUGACAGCUGACUACAGGUAUCCUGUCGCAGUCCCACUACCCCUACUGAUACAACCGUAUGUGCCGAUCCGGAAAAGAAAGGCUGCGAAACCGGCUACUUCCGAUGAGAGAAGGCCUACGUUGUCGCGGUUUGUCCCGGAAACGACAACUGGCGUGGAACAAAUCGAUCAGCCAAGUUUAUUGGAUCAGCAUGCUGAGCUGAAGAGAUUAGCGGAAGCUCAGGCUGAAACGAAAGUUGAGAAGCAGCUGAAGGAGGAAGAGAAGAUUCUCGAAAGCGUCGCUGAGAAACGUGCUUUGAUGGCUGUUGGAGAAUUAGCGAAGGGAAUACAGUAUGACACACCUUUAACCACCGGCUGGAAGCCUCCAACAUAUAUAUCUGAUUUACCCAAUUCCUGCCACGACGCACUGCGCAGGAAGCUGAGAAUUCUUGUUGAGGGGGAGAACGUUCCACCUCCGAUUCGAACCUUUGAGGAGAUGAAGUUUCCUGAGCCUAUUUUGAGAGGUCUUCGUGAAACGAAAAUUGCGGUUCCUUCUCCGAUCCAAAUUCAGGGUAUUCCUGCUGUGUUAUCUGGACGAGAUAUGAUCGGGAUAGCUUUUACUGGUAGUGGAAAAACGCUGGUUUUCACCCUACCAUUGAUCAUGUUCUGUCUCGAGCAAGAGAUGAAAAUGCCUUUUCUGAAGGGGGAAGGACCGUAUGGUCUCAUCGAUACGGGCAGAGCACUUAACCGUUUUGUUUGUGUGCUUCACAAGCUUAAGAUGCGUAGAGUCAACUUCUCUAGACCGAACGGACUCGACGCGACACGCGCAUAUUAA